ACAUUUUUAUUAAUGCCUUGAAUGGAAAACUAGCGUCACUUGCUUGGGACAGUAAGAAGUCACCGGCAGGAAGUGUUCCAGCCCCAUGGGUAGGAGACUGAGAGCCUCAACUCGGAAAGCAGAAUCGAAAGAAACAUGGAAAAAUAAAGACACACCUGACGUGUAACCCAUCACACCCCCAAAGCGCUGCUCUCGGACCCCACAAUAUUAAGGCUUUAGACGGCUGUGGACUCACGGACCCCUCUCCAAGCGCGCGGUGUAUUCUGCCGCUGCGUUUCCCGGCUCUCAUUCCACAGGAUGUCACUGUGUGCGCGCGCGCGCGCGUGUGUGGGGGGGGCGUGUUAGGAGGGGCAUUCUCUGGUUCCCUCCGGUUGAAAGGCGACCCAGAAGCCAGGAUACACAGGGCCUGAGUCAAGCAGCCAGGGUGGUCCAGCCCUGCAGGCAGCCCAGCCAAUCUCAGCGGAGGUGUGGCAGCCAGGGAGGCAGACCCAGUGGGAUGAGACACAGGGGGCGUGGCUGCCCUACAGGUGGGCGGGACCAAGCGCGGGGGCGGGGCCCGGCGGGGGCGGGGCAGAGCGCAGGAUCCUUGGCAUCCUGGAGCGGUGGCCCCAACCGCAGGGAGGCUCGGGGUUGCCGGUGGCCCAAACUGUGUGCUCCAGUGCCCGGCGUCGCCAAGAGACGGCGGGAGCGGAGGGUCCCGUCCCGGGACUCGGACACCUGGCUUAAGAAGGGCUGCUUCAGUUUCUCCCGGAGGAUCCCGGAGUCCACAUGGAAGGACCUGUGACAGCCGCAGAGCCGGCUCUGCCCGGAGAGUCUCUCUGCUGCUUGGGGACCCUCCCAGGGCUCGAAUCUUAGAGAGGCUGCCCCCCCCUCCAUUCUCAGCACCCAGAGGCUGAGGGCUGAGCCCAGCACGAGCUGAGCCGUGGACACAGGCGACAGCAUGUGCUUAAUGAGUACGAGCCACGACCGCAGCGGGAGCUGCCGCGGCCUGAGCCCCGUCGGCAUGCAGGAGCCCUGGCACACCGCCUCAGACAGAGCCUUCUUGCUUCCGGAGAAGUCAUGCUGCCCUCGCUGUCCUCCCCAGGCGGCGAGACAUGCACGCAGGAGGCUUUCCGUGCACAGAGAAGCCAGCUCGUGGAGCUGCUGGUGUCCGGGUCCCUGGAGGGCUUCGAGAGCGUCCUGGACUGGCUCCUGUCCUGGGAAGUCCUGUCUUGGGAGGACUAUGAGGGCCUCCGCCUCCCCGGCCAGCCCCUCUCCCACUUGGCCCGGCGCCUCCUGGACACGGUCUGGAGUAAAGGCGCUUGGGGCUGUGAGCAGCUCGUCCAGGCUUUGCAGGAAGCACAGGCCGACAGGCAGUCCCCAAAGGGGCGUGGCCACUGGGACCCCCACUCACCCCACCCAGCCCGGGACCUGCGGUGUCACCGGCCAGCCAUUGUCAGGAGACUCUACGGCCACGUGGAGGGCGUGCUGGAGCUGGCGCAGGCGCGCGGUUUCAUCAGCCCGUACGAAUGUGACGAAAUCAGGUUGCCUAUCUUCACAUCAUCCCAGCGGGCGAGAAGGCUCCUGGAUCUGGCCACGGUGAAGGCCAAUGGGCUGGCUGCCUUCCUUCUACAGCAGGCGCUGGAGUUGCCCGUCCCGCUGGCCCCGCCUUUCGAAGACGCCGCCGCGUGUAAGAAGUACAUCUCCAAGCUGAGGUCCACGGUCUCUGCUCAGUCCUGCUUCCUGAGCACCUACGACGGAGCGGAGAAUCUUCGCCUGGAGGAAAUAUACACGGAGAAUGUUCUGGAGAUCCGGACAGAGGUGGGCGUGGCCGGACCCCCGCAGCAGAGCCCCGCCACCCUGGGCCUGGAGGGGCUCUUCAGCGCCGGGGGCCACCUCAACGAGGACGCAGACACCGUACUGGUGGUGGGCGAGGCGGGCAGCGGCAAGAGCACGCUCCUGCAGCAGCUGCACUUGCUCUGGGCCUCGGGGCGGGACUUCCAGGAGUUUCUCUUCGUCUUCCCGUUCAGCUGCCGGCAGCUGCAGUGCGUGGCGAGGCCCCUGUCCGUGCGGACGCUGCUCUUUGAACACGGCUGUUGGCCCGACCUUGGCCAGCAAGACGUCUUCCAAUUCCUCCUGGACCACCCCGACCGGGUCCUCUUAACCUUCGAUGGCUUUGACGAGUUCAGGUUCAAGUUCACGGAUCGGGAGCGGCACUGCUCUCCGACCGACCCCACGUCUGUCCAGAGCCUGCUCUUCAACCUCCUGCAGGGCAACCUGUUAAAGAACGCCCGCAAGGUGCUGACCAGCCGCCCGGACGCGGUGUCCUCGCUCCUCCGGAAGUACGUGCGCACGGAGCUCCGCCUGAAGGGCUUCUCCGAGGACGGCAUCGAACUGUACCUGAGGAGGCGCCACCGGGGGCCCGGCGUGGCCGACCGCCUGGUCCGCCUGCUCAGAGAGACCUCCACCCUCCACGGCUUGUGCCACCUCCCCGUCUUCGCGUGGAUGGUGUCCAAAUGCCACCAGGAACUGUUGCUGCAGGGCGGGGGGCCCCCGAAGACCACCACGGACAUGUACCUGCUGUUCCUGCAGCAUUUCCUGCUGCACGCCUCCCCGCCGGACUCGGUCCGCCGCGCCCUGGGAGCUGGCCUGCUGAGAGGCCGGCUCCCCACCCUCCUGCACCUCGGCCGCCUGGCUCUCUGGGGCCUGGGCAGGAGCUGUUACGUGUUCUCAGCCAAGCAGCUCCAGGCAGCAGGCGUGGACGAGGAGGACAUUUCUCUUGGCUUCCUGGUGCGUGCCCAGGGGGCUGUGCCCGGGAGCGCCCCUCUCCUGGAGUUCCUGCACAUCACUUUCCAGUGCUUUUUUGCCGCGUUCUACCUGGCGCUCAGUGCCGACGUGACGCCGUCCUCGCUCAGACACCUCUUCAAUUGUCCUCGGACAGGGAGCUCGCCGCUGGCCAGGCUGCUGCCCGCGCUGUGCGUGCAGGGCUCGCGGCGCAGGGAGGGCAGCGUGGAGGCUUUGCUGCAGGAGGCCCAGCCGCACAACCUCCAGAUCACGGCGGCCUUCCUGGCAGGGCUGCUGUCCCAGGAGCACCGGGGCCUGCUGGCCGAGUGCCAGGCGUCUGAGAAGGCGCUGCUGCGGCGCCAGGCCUGCGCCCGCCGCUGCCUGGCCCGCAGCCUCCAGAAGCACUUCCGCUCCAUCCCUCCAGCCCUGCCGGGGGAGGCCAAGAGCAUGCACGCCAUGCCCGGGUUCGUGUGGCUCAUCCGGAGCCUGUACGAGCUGCGGGAGGAGCGGCUGGCGCGGGAGGCCGUGCGCGGGCUCAGCGUGGAGCACCUCAAGCUGACGUUCUGCAGCGUGGGCCCCGCCGAGUGUGCCGCCCUGGCCUUCGUGCUGCGGCACCUCCGGCGGCCCGUGGCCUUGCAGCUGGACCACAACUCCGUGGGCGACGUCGGCGUGGAGCAGCUGCUGCCUUGCCUCUGGGUCUGCAAGGCCCUUUACCUGCGAGAUAAUAACAUCUCAGACCGAGGCAUCUGCAAGCUCACCGAACACGCCCUUCACUGUGAGGCGCUGCAGAAGUUAGCUUUAUUCAACAACAAGCUGACCGACGGCUGCGCGCAGUCCGUGGCCAGGCUCCUCGAGUGCCGGCAGAACUUCUUGGCAUUGAGGCUGGGGAACAACCGCAUCACCUCCGCCGGAGCCCAGGUGCUGGCCCGGGGGCUCAGGGCCAACACCUCCCUGCAGUUUCUGGGGUUCUGGGGCAACAAGGUGGGUGACAAGGGGGCGCAGGCCUUGGCGGAAGCCUUGAGCGACCACCGGAGCUUGAAGUGGCUCAGCCUGGUGGGGAACUGCAUCGGCAUCGAGGGUGCCAAGGCCUUAGCGCUGAUGCUGGAAAAGAACGUGGCACUGGAAGAACUCUGCCUGGAGGAGAACCAUCUCCAAGAUGAAGGUGUGUGCUCUCUCGCUGAAGGACUUACGAGAAAUUCAAGUUUGAAAGUCCUCAAGCUGUCCAACAACUGCGUCACCUACCUCGGGGCUCAAGCCCUCCUGCGGGCCCUUGAAAGGAACGACACGGUCCUGGAAGUCUGGCUCCGAGGAAACACUUUCUCUCCCGAGGAAAUGGAGCAGCUCAGCCAGAGGGACGCCAGACUCCUGCUGUGACGUCUCCGGGCCCACGUGCAUCUCAGGUUGUGCGUGAGCCCCGGGUUUGGACCCCAGAAGCUGCUUACACCUGCCGGCAGCCCGUUCAGACGGAGCCCCGUCCUGCACAGGGUCCACUCGGGAGGUCCCCUUCGUCCAGGCAGAGAAGGACCAUCAGUGUCCUUCAGCGUGGACGUUUCCAAAGCCUACUCUGGCCAUCAAGCUGUCCCCGCAAUGCAGGCCCCGGGCCGCAGAAGAGGAGCAGCUGCCCUGUGUCACGGGGCCAGCCCCCUGCUGAUGGGACCUGUCGGUGGGCCGGGGAAGGUUGCUGAGUGCCUGUCGGCCGGCGUGGGGACCUGGAUCCAUGUGACAGGCCCCGUUCCGUGCCUCUCACAGUGAGGGUGGGCAUCCGGGAAGAAAAUCUCUGUUGCGUUUCACUCAUGCGCCGGCCCCCCGGCUGCUCCCCGCAUCUGGUUCCAGGGCUCAUCCCGGCGGACCCGGCGGCACACGGCGUUCCCGCUGUGGUUGCGGGUUGGGAACGACUAUCAGUAUUCUCGGCUUUGACACACUUGCCCCUCUCCACCCCACCGUGGGAGGGGCCACCAGGUGCCCUGCUCCCCUUUCUGGUCCUUAGGACGUCAUUGGGAGGUGACCCAUGGCAGCCACUGAGUCCUCCUCAAGGUAGUCUAGACUUGCAAGAAGAAGAUGACCGCACGACAGCUGGUCACCCAGGUGCACUCGUACUUCCGGUUAAGCCGGUUCCGCUCCAGUCCAGCCUUUGGGAUCGACUCUCCGCGCAAACGCAGCUUUGCAAACGGGGCCUGCGCCAGGCGUCCGCACAGCCCCACGAGCUCGCCGGCAGAUGCCAUGAACUCUGAGAGCAGACUUCCAAAAUACACCCCCAAGAGGCAGUUCCGGGCGAUUUGGGCCAGAACGCUGUAGGAGAUGAAGCUGUGGAUCCAGAGGUUACAGGGGCAGAACUCAAAGGCCCGUCCUUAGACAGCACGUGUGUCUCUGGACUUCUCAGAGUGACGCCUGUGUAGCCUUGGCAACUCUCCGGGGCUGUGCACUCGUUAUUGUUUUAGACACUGCUAUUUGUGAAAACUGGUGAGCAUUUAUCAGCCACGCUGCUUUAUUCUCCCAAGUUUACGUUUUUAUUUAAAAAAUGGCCAGGAAUUUUCUGCUGUGAGUCGUCACAGAGGUGAAAACUGCGGAGUCCCCCUGAGCUGUCUUCGCUGUGACCGAAUGUUUUUUAAUGUUCCUGCGACUUGUCAAAUAUUAAAGCGCCCUUUUCUACUUGAAGGGGGGGAAAUGA